AUGCCUGCCGAAAAACUGGAGCUCACCAGUGAGGAGAUAAAGCAUAUCCACUUGCAGCUGAAGGGGAUUUUGGACGAGAAGAUCCGCUUGCACCUCCCGCAGCGGCAUUCCGUAUCGGAAUCACAGGACACAGAUGAUGGUAGCGAUAGCAUGGCGCGGCAGGUGAUGGUUGAAGUCGAAAAGUUUUUGAGUUCGGUGAUGGAGAUGGCAAGUGACUCCGUGCAUGUCAGCGAUGCACGCAGCAGCGUGACCGUGCUCGAUGUCGUCAACGAUGUGCAACGCGAGUACGUGGAGCCGUUCGACCUGGAGCUCAACGAGCGCGUACGACAGCUGUACCAGGAGUGGGAGGCGGAGACGCUGCGCGUUGCGCAGCUGCGGCAAACUGGCCCGCGUGCAAUCACAGACGCAUAUCUCAAGGAAGAAGGCGCGGCGAUUGCUGCCCUCGACGAGCGGAUCCGCAAGCUAGAGGGACUAGCAGAGGCGGACCAAGAAACACAGCUCCCGGCUGCGGAUGCUGAUUUCUGGAGCGAAGUCGGCGAUCAGUAUGGCCGUUCGUUGGGCCUGCUCAAACAGGCACAAUCGCUGCUACCACGUGACCGCAUGCAGCUCGAGAAGCUGAAGAAGCUUGUGCAAUACCUGGAGAACGAGGUAUGA